AUGGCCAACAACUCAAUAUGGCAGCAGCCCGGCCUGAAUCAGAAUCAAUUCGUCGCUCUGACAAAUCUCCUUUCCCUUCGCAAUAAUGGCCAAGUUGAACCAACAUCCAUAUACGAGGAGCCUGGUCUCGACGAGAAGGCCCACGAUGGCGACGAUGCUGAGAGUGUCGAUACAUCAUUUGCCCAGCAAUUGUUUAGCUCAGGCAAUGACACGCUUAAGAGGCAAUUCCUGGACGAUAUCGCUGAAUUUGCUGCAAAAGAGCAUGGUGCGCGAUUUGUUGCUUGUACCGCGAUGAGAGAGCGUGAAGAUGAUGUUACGAUCUUGAUCGCGAGGAACACCGCGUUUGAAGCUUGUGAUUUUGAGUUCUUUGAUGGAUUUAGUGAUCUGGUGAGUCGUUGGUCGAAGCAUCUGAAUGCGCCACCAGUAGCAGAAAAGAGGUCGUGGGUUCAAAACUGGAUGACUUACUUCUGGGAUGUUCUCUCGCCAACAAAGAACGUCUCAACGCCAAUAUCCAAUGAGGAUGCUGUUUGGGACGAAAUCUUGAAAUAUCACGCCACUCGAAUAACGAGCGCAUAUAUUCCGCAACUGAGACGGAAUUUCAGAGAAUGUCCUAUGAUUCUUGUAAGAUCCGACGACAUCGAUGGGAAAGGGUCGCUCGCACGAAUUGAGAAUCUGCGUCGAGUCGUAUUUUCCAUCAGCGACGCAGACCUUUCGCAUGUUGAUAACUUGAGCCGCCCUCUUGGCCUAGAGAAAGCACUUGAACUAUUGGGACUAAAUAUGACCGCAACAACCGUACACACUCUUCUAGGGCCCAACUGGACCAUCAAAGGCGCAAAAAAGAGGUUUGCUGAGAUUGGGGGACAACAGGGUCAUAUCCAUGCCGAAGUUCAGAUGCUGCUUCAUCUGUGCUCGGCUGGUUUCUUGCACAGCGCCCCCUACGAAUAUAUUGGCUGUAGUAAAAGAAGCUGCUUCAUGUGCUGGACUCUGCUCCGUUCGCAUGGUAGAUAUUCGACUCGAGGCUGUCAUGGACGUCUUUAUAGCCGUUGGACGGUUCCUGAAAUUGCAGAUUUCGCAACAGAUCAAACAAAAGCUCUCGGGACGGCUUUGAUAAAAACGCAAGACUCAUUGGUAAGGAAGCUUGGGGAUGAUUUUGAAAACCUUGGUCGCCUGCAGAAAACCUCGGUGGUUGGUGGGAGCAGUGUAAUUAGUGAAAGCCUGAGUACAAAUGAGUCCAGAAGCUCGGAGCUUUCACAACGAGAUGAUGCUUUGACACAACAAAGAGUUCAGUUGUCGUUUGAACGACUCGAAAGGGAGCAAGCAAACUCCGCACUCUCAAAUGCAACAAAUCUUCUAUGGGGCGCAGCCGGACGAGCUAGUGCAGAUUUAAUGUAUCAUCCAGAUUGGCGUGAUCGACUAUCUGGAGGUCCUCGAGGCGGUACCGCAACAUAUCUUGACACUCUUUCUCGUGCCCUCACGCCAGGAGACUAUCUGUACCAGGACUGUAUGGAUGACAGGAUGCCCGAUGAUCCAGAUGUACUUCAGAAGUUUGGUUUUGGAAACCUACCAUCCUACCACGAUCGAACUAAGCUAUUGGGACUCUACAUAGGAUUGACGAAGUAUUUGCGAGUUACAGCCGAACAAUUGAACAUCUGGCAAGAAGAACGAUCGCUCACCGCCAACAUUAUCCGUGAGUAUACUGAACAAACCUCAUUUACAGGAGGAGCUUAUUUCCCGUGGUUUCUUGAAAAUACACAUAUCCUAGACGAUCCACAAGAAUCGAACCACAUUGAGGGAGCUAUGAAAUUCAUCAAGAUAGCACAAACAUUCUUGGAGCCUAAUGACCAGAAGAGAAACUGGAGAGAGCUAGAGCCCGGAGCAAAACAAUACUCCUUCGAGAUUCUCUGGAUGGCGCUAAUGGGCGCACGACCACGUCCCGAACAAGAGACAUGGAUGAAGUUCGGAUUCUGUGCUUGUAGAAACGACAGUGAAGAGAAUAUACUGGGCUCAAUAUAUACCAGUCUUCUUACCGACCAGCAGCCAGGAUGUCUAGUGCCAGAGCAUCUUAGGGCCAAACCUUGUACUUUCACCGAGUUCUGGUGCGCAUAUGAGUCUGGCAGACUUGUUCCACUGAUGGAGGAUAGAAUCCGAAAUGGAUUCGCAGAUAUCAAAAGGCUGCCUCUCGUGAGAGACUAUCUAAGUCGACCACCAAGCGUCAUGAACCCAUCGGUUUGGGACCUCAAACAGUUUUUGGAGAUAAACAAGUACACGAAAUACCCUCCUGUCGAGUCUGUGAAAGUUGAUUACGGAUUCCUGAAUUGUCGAGGAUUCGAAGAGACCUGUACUCUAGCGGAGAUAUAUAAGAGGCUUCUUCGGAUUGCGAACCCGUUAGAGUUGCACGAGGCGUGCUUAAAGAAUCGGUUGUUUGAGUUGGCAAAGAAAUAUCAUAGAAUGGAUGAGGGGCAUCGGAGGUUGAUGAAUAAUAAGUAUUCUAGGGAAGUGAUGUUGGGACAUUUGGCGCAGAGGAAAUUCUUUGUUGAAGAUGGUGGAAAGAGUCGCGAGGUGUCGUUUGCAGAGUUUCAUUUGCAAUGCAAAGCUUCCGCUCGCCGAGCUGUUAUAACAAGAAUUCAACCAAGCAGUCCCAGCCAAGAUGACAAUCGACUGGACCGAAUAGAAGAACAGCUAUCCGCCAUUCAGCAGACCCUGGGAACCCUACAAGACCAACUUGCAGGUUUCAUAACAUCUCAAAAUGUUCUAAAGGUGCAAACAGAAUCUGUUUUACGAGCUGUGUCCGACAAAGAUGGAGAUACAAACACUUUGGGGGGUGUGGCGGUAAGCACGAACGAAAAAAGAAAAGCUGCAACGGCAUACGAAGGCGAGUCGGCUUUGAGCGUUCAAUCACGAUAUGCAAAUCGUAUCUUCAAAGAGGUAUUGGAACGUAGCCCCCGCGAAAACUCGCAACUGGCGGUUGAUGCGGACGUCUCGCAACUUGACAAUGCCUUAAAUCGUGAUAAUCCGACGUCGGCUUUUCAUGAGAAUCCAUUUCCAACUCGGAUUGUGCAAAACUCAACGCUAGCAAGGAUCGAACUGCCGCCUUUGGAUGCAGUUGUAUCACUGCUGAAAUGGGCGAAAGGUCCCGUAUCCCCAACAUUGUUGUCUUUUCUUCCUCUUGUCACUGCAUCUGACUUGGCGGAACUCUGCAAAAAGGCUUAUUUUGCAAUUGAAGAAUGCUCUACAUCCGAGCUCAUAAUUAUCAAUUCAUGUCUCGUAUUCUUGAUACCUGAGUUUUUGAUAACAAGCCCGGCCGAUGGAUCGACAAAUGAGGCUUAUGGCCGACAUGCUUCCCUUUGCCAUCGAAAUAUAGAAAUUCUUCUCGCCAGUUUGAACUUGUUCAUGGCUCUGACGCUCGAAAAUUCCAAAGCACUGGUGUUAGGGUCAGUGUAUGCUGUGGGGGUUUCUUCCCUCAGCAUGGCUUGGACUUUGAUUUCUACAGCAGCAAGACUUUGUCAAAGCCUAGGAUACCACCGUCUGGUGGCAGCAAAAGAAAGCAGCACUGACGACUUUAAUGUCAAGAAAGCCAUCUUUGGAUACGUGUAUAUUUUGGAUAAGACGCUCUCUCUGCGUCUCGGUCGACCGUCGAGUAUUCCUGAUGUUGAUCUCGCGGUAGAUCCGAUAGUAGCCAUAUCCAUGACAGAACCACAGCCGUGGAACUUCAUAUGGUGCUUGUGGAUUGAAGCAGCUACUAUUCAUGGACGGACCUUCGAACAGCUUUAUAGCCCCCAGGCGAUGGGUAUGUCGCAUCAAGCACGCUUGGAAGCAGUUCAAAGACUCUCCAAUGCGACCAUUGCUGCCAAAGAAAAGAAUGCGAAGUUUGGCCAACAAUUUGCCAAUACAGACAAUUUCCGCAAUCAACACCUCAAAUUUGUCAAGCAAGCCAACGACGUAGUAUAUUUCUCGCUUCUGACCUUGAUACAUCGUGCAAUUCCUAAUAACGAGCCCGGUAUCUCUUCCCCAUUCAACCACGAAUGCCUAGCUGCUGCUCGAGCUGCGCUUGCCGCACAUCAUUUGUGUUUUACAAAUUAUAAGGACCAACAUAAAUACAUUUGGACCAUUUAUCUCCAGUGGACCAUCCUGGCGUGCCCGUUUAUUCCAUUCCUCGUAAUAUUCUGCCACGCCGUAACGACUCUAUCUCUCGACACUAUCAACGAUCUGGAAUUAUUUGUUACUUCUCUACUACCGCCUUCCCGGACACAUACCACAAGCCAAAAGAUGCACGACCUCUGCCAAAAGUUCUACCAGGUUGGGAAAUCAUAUAUCGAGGAUCAACUUUCCACCCGACAGAAUAAGAUUCAACCGGACAAUCCAUUCAGACAAGGCCAAACUGCGGGAUUCAAUGCAUUCAAUCUCAUGCCCGAACUUCGUCAGACCUCUGAGCUUAAUUUUGAGUCUGGAAACUUCUUUGAGCAGAAUUUAGGAAUAGAUGAUGGGGCAUGGUCGUUUGGAGAUCCUCAUAUCUUGGGAAUUUUGGAUGAUGGAUUGGAACUCAAUGAUAGGUCCUGGCCAAAUUUCUGA